AUGGGGGGUGUUCACAUCAUCGUGGAGGACCUGGGGCUGAUCAAUCCCAGCUUCACCUUGUCUUUGGAGGACAUUGACGAGCGGGACGGCGUCGGCGACGGAGGUGGAUCCAUGCCCAGGUCCAGUGCCAUCACCAUGGGUCGCUCGGCCAGCUCGGUGUCGGCGAGCCAGCAUGCGAUCCAGAGGAAGAGGAACCUGGCGCCGCUCUCGUCCCUGCCCCUGCAGCCCCGCGUGGCUCUGGGCAGCGUCAACAGCGAGGAAGACCCCUUGCUCUUCGCCGCCAGCGGCGACGGCGGCCUGCUCACGCCGCCCGUCAUCAACCUCAUCCCGCCGACCCCCUCCGACGUGGACACCGCGGACGACGACCAGUUCUUCGACAUCAAUUCGGAGGACGACAGUGUGGGGCUCACGUCGGGUAGCGAGGGCGUUGACAGUGUCUGCAGCCUGGCCACCGCUGAGCUGGACACGUUUGACACUGACAAGGAGGAGAGGAGUACUGACCUGGAGGAAGACAUGGAGGAGAAGAUGGACGACUGUGAUGUUGAUGUCGUUGUAGUAGUAGAGGACUGCCCCUUGUCUCCUCCAGCGAUGGACACUGGAAGCAUGGAAGAGGAUACUUCUGGGGCUGUCACUGUCGAGCACCCCACAGGAAAGAAUCAUGAGGAGAAGUCCAUGCAGAGCUUCCUGCGUAGUACCUACCAAGUUGCUCCCCUUCCCGAGUACCCCAGAAAGAGGAGUUUCAACAUAGGGAUUAGUCUUCUGCCGUUCACGGAGCACAACCUGGCUGGCUCGGAAAGGGCAGGAGUGGAGCAGGAGCAGCAGCAGCAGCAGCAGCAGCAGCAACAGAGAAGCCGUUCCCUCGCACCGCACUCGCAGGCCCGGCAAUGUGUUUAUGAUCUAGGCAGCAAGGACUCUGCCAGCAGCCGUGACUUACUAAAAGCCGAGAAGCUUCGACUCCUUCCCCUCAGCUGCAAAAUGGAGACUUCCCUCCUCCACCAACGGAAACCAGCUGCUCGGACGUUUAGCCUGGGAGAAAGCAUGCCCAGGAGCCACACCUUCCACGCCAUAGGUCAAAGCACUGACAACCUGCCAGAGGAGGAAGAGUCGCCACGGCAACGACGGAUAACUGUUGCCUCUUAUAUACCACAAUCAAAGGACCAAAAUGGAAAUUUUGCUGGAAAGGAGUCCAACGGGCAGUCGGCCAAAGCUCUUGCCGAGCUCAACACGGAGGAGGUCUGUCAAUGGUUCAGUGGCAUCGGCCUGCACAAGUGUCUGCCUCUUAUUAGAGGAGCCGAUCUGUGUGGAUCCCAUAUCGCCUCCAUAGACCUGAACACAUUGGACCUUCUCCAGGUGUCAGACCUGAACGACCGUGAGAAGCUGCUUUCUGCCAUCUAUGAGGAGCUCCAUCCACCUAACGCGAACUCCCAAAAGGUGGACUCGCUUCUAGCAACAUUUGGUUCACACAGCGUUGAAAGCUUCACAGCUGCCCUCGUGUCCAUGACGAAGUCCCAUUCCUCUCCCCAUGUCGGCAACAUAAACCAAUGCUCUUUCAGAUUCAGGCAAAGAACUGCAGUCUCCCAGAGAAAGUCAAAGCUAAUUGAAAUUACCAUUAAAGUGUGCUCAAAGGAGCAGAUAGUGCAUUUGAGGACACCCAAGGACACCACCAUGGGCAAAGUGCUGGAGUCCUGCCUGAAGAUGCUGGGGAAGGAGAGUGAGAAGGACACCUUUGCCCUGAGAGCUACAGAAGAUGAUUUACCUAUGGAUCAGCAGGUGGGAAGUCUCCUUGGCUCCAAUAGCCAACUCAUAGAGCUUCAACUGUGUGAAAAGGUGACGCCAAUGGAGCCAGAACCCUCAGCAGCCCCUGAAGUCUCUGAUGAGACCUCUGAUGUGGAAAGUGAAAUCCAACACUGCACUGAUGAUGACAAACUGCAGGAGCUGAAUCAACAGGUGGAAUCCCUUCAGAGCGUCAUCUUACAGGUGCAGGAGCUCCACCACGGCCUGGUGGCUUUCUGCGGUGAGCUGAGAAGCAUGGACACUGAGCAGGCCGUGGAGCAGCUGUGCUGUGCGGAGCUGGAGGAGCGGCUGGCUAAGGCGCAGGGCUCCCUGCAGGACAAGAGGCAGGGCCUCCAGGCCCUCAAGGACAGCCUCAGCACCGUGGCCUCGCUCACAACAGGGAAGGUGGAGGUGCGUUUACUGGAGAAGAUGAAGCUGAACUGCCAAGUCUUCCAAGACGAGAUCACGCUCAUCCACCUCGGCCGCCAGGUGACCUGCCUUCAGGAAGCACUUGAGGAGAGCCAUGCUAAGGAGAGGGCGGAGGGCAGGCGGCGCGCCACCCUGUGCCAGCUGGUGUCUCUGCAGUCCCCCGCCAUGCUGCUGGCCACCCAGGAGAGCACGCGCGGCCCAGAUGGCCCCCGCUUCACCGCCCAGCUCAUUAGGGGACAGGGCCUGGUGGUGGUGGGCCUGCGCAGGAUGGAAAAGAAGCUGGUGGAGGUUAACGGGGUAAGUGUGCUGGGCAGCGGUGAGGACGAGCUCCAGGCCCUGCUUCAGCAGCAGCCCACUGCCCACAUUAUUGUCCUCCGCAGACCUCCUCCACUUCCCCAGCAGCAGCAGCCGCCUGUGGCCGCCUGCCCCGAACAGCAGCAACAGCAGCUGGGCCAUCACAACAGCGCACCCUGGAGCUCAGGAGUAGUAUGUACUGCAACCACCAGGUGA